UCUCCUGAAUAUUGAAGAUGACAACAGCAGUCAGGCCUACACUUGAACCUGCAAGAGGUGGAAGAGGAAAAGGGGAAGGUGAUUUGAGUCAGCUUUCCAAGCAAUAUUCAAGCAGAGACCUACCUUCUCACACAAAGAUUAAAUACAGACAAACUACUCAGGAUGCUCCUGAAGAACUUCAUAACCGUGAUUUCAAGCAAGAACUAGAAGACAGAGAGAGAAUUGCUGCAAGAGAAAAAAACAGAAAUCGUCCAACUAGAGAGCGCACAACUUCAUCUUCUGUGUCUAAGAAGCCUCCGCUCGAUCAGAUUCCUGCAGCCAACCUUGAUGCCGAUGACCCCCUAACAGAUGAAGAUGAUGUUGAGGAAGAAAGUGAGGAUGAUGACACAGCAGCUCUACUGGCAGAACUUGAAAAAAUGAGAAAACAAAGAGCAGAAGAGCAAGCCAGGAAGGAACAAGAACAAAAGGCUGAAGAAGAGAGAAUUCGGAUGGAAAAUAUCCUCAGUGGAAACCCUCUCCUUAAGCUCACUGGUCCCUCUCAGCCUCAGGCCAACUUCAAAGUAAAGAGAAGGUGGGAUGAGGAUGUUGUCUUUAAGAACUGUGCCAAAGGAGUCCAGGAGCUGAAAAGGGACCAAAGAUUUGUAAAUGAUACCCUUCGAUCAGAAUUUCACAAAAAGUUCAUGGAGAAAUAUAUCAAGUAG